UCAGGAGAUGCUGCGAACUCUGGGCAUCCGCUAGAAAGUUCUGCAGGCCUUUUGUUCCUUUUUCGCCAGAGUUCUCGCCUCCGAACGGAGAGGCGCGCGCGCCUAGCAGCAAGCCGGAGGAAGAGCCCGGCGAUCGAACAGCGGCGAGGAGAGAAAGCGGUUCUUCGCCAAGAGAAACGCGUGGACAUUUCCGUUUUUGUGAGGUCUGCAGCCGAGACGUCUUUCUGCCUUUCUGCGAAACGUGGAAGAAAAGGCGGUGCGAGCCGACGACCCGUCCGGGCAGCGCCUCGCGUGCACUGAGAAAAACUGCCGUUUUUGGACGGCGCGAGGACAGGAUCGACCAAGGAACGGGACUCCUCCCUCGCUUGCUGCCCGCUGCUGACCGCUGCUGACCUCGCCGUCUUCUGCGACAGGCCUCCUUUUUGACGAAAAUGUCUGCACGCGUGCGUUUUUCAGCGCGAGAGCAAACAGCGGUCGGGGGAGGGCGACAGCGCGCUGCGUUCCUACACGGGAGAAGAAACGGCAGUGGAGAAUCGCCUUCUCUCUUUUCUCUGCCGUAGAGGAAAGCGCCGGGAGCGAGGCUCAGCGCUCUCUCCUUUCGCGAUACGAAUCCUGUUCUUCCUGAGACUCAGAGAGAGUUUCGUCGUCUCUCGCAGUCGAUCGCGUCCACACUUUGACCCAGACCUGUUUCCGGGUGUAUGUACACUCCAUCAUCGCUCAGGUGUAUGUACACCCCGUGGUGUCUUGCGCAGCAGAGGCUUCAGAUGUAACUUCGAGUCUUUUCUCGCCUUUCAGUCUCGCGGCGUUUUCUUGGGUCGCCGUUCCCCGAUUUCCUGUCUUCCUUCCUCACUCAGCCAACGCACACAUGCAGUCGAGGGGGGAGAAAAAUCUCUUUCGCUCUUCUCUCCCUCUGUCGUCUUGGACCUCCUGAGUCCCUGCCCUUGCCCUCUCGCCUCACGUUCUUCCCCUUGUGUCCAUCUCCGCCUCGUCCACCCUCAGCAGCGCUCAGCCGCGCCGCCUCUCCCUUCCGCGCCUGUCGCUGCUCGCCGCUCUGCGCAUGCAGCUGCGUACCGCUGCAGGCGCACUCACCAAGCCGCGUCCAUUCGUCAGUCUCUCCGCUUCGUUGUCUUUGUCUCUUCCACGAUGCUGGAGGCGUUGGUAGAGCGACUGCUGAGUCGCUAUCUGGCGCUCUACGUGACGGGGAUCAGCCGUGACAAGCUGAGUGUCGCGGUGUGGAGCGGUGACGUAGAGCUCGAGGAUCUGCAGCUGAAGCCGGAGAUCUCCGACCUCUUCGGCUUGCCCUUCCGCGUAGUCUCUGGACGCCUCAAACGCAUUCGCCUCUCGAUCCCCUGGGCCAGACUCGGCUCUGCUCCCGUCUGCCUGGAAGUCGAGGGCGUCCACGUCCUCCUAGAACCCAAACCGAUCCCCGAGCAAACAGACGAGGAGCUCAUCGCGCAACUUCGAGACGCCAAAAAACAACAGAUCGAUGUGGUGGAACAGCAACUUUUGGAUGCGCGCUCCCAGUUGCUCAAAGCCACGGACGCCGCCGCCUCUGCGCCUGCCGCUGACCGAGGAGUUUUCUUCAAAUUCGCCAACAAGAUCGUAAACAGUAUUCAAAUCGAUGUGCGAGACAUCCACAUCGCGUUCGCAGAUCCCUCGCGCGGCUUCAAAAUCGGAGUUCUGCUCGCGGACUGCUCGGUGCACAACACAGACGCUCUGUGGCGCCGCAGCGUCUCUGAAGGCUCGUCGGCGGGAGGCGCCCCUAUGGUUCUGUACAAGGCUUGCGAACUGAAUGGCUUGGCAGUGUACUGUUCGCUCGCCUGUGGCGCCGGCGGGGAGACAGCCGUCGCCGGGAGCGAGUUGAACGCGCGAAGUCACGAGGUCAGUUUUCGGUCGCUUCCCAGAUCCAAGUCCUCGUCGCAGAGCUCCUCUGCUUCUUCUCUCCCGGAAACGUCUCCAGGGGGCGUCCACGCAACGCCUGCAGACAGGGACGACGGCGAUCUGCCGACUGCUCGGGACCGUCUCCACACAGAGACCAAGGAGGUUCGCGACUCGCGCGCUCCCUCGCCCUGCGACACAGGAGGCCUCGACACUGGCGGGGGUCGAUCCGCCGAGGCUGCGGGAGCCUUCGCAGAGGAAAGAGAGGAAACUCUCCAAGCAAAGACGUCGGGGUCUUCGGAGUUUGCAGAGGCGUUUUUUCUGGCGCCGAUUCCGGAGCAGAACUAUGUGUUGAAGCCUCUGCAUAUGCGUCUGUUGAUUUCUCACUCGACGACUCUGAGGGAGCUGUGCGCGCGGCUCGAGGUGAAGAAGGAGUCUCAGGGCAUCGAGAUUGGCAGGACGCAGCUGAAAGCUCUGCUGGACAUGUCGCACGAGGCGACGCAGAGAAGGCGAAGAUGCGAGAGUCUCCUACUUCGGAACGUGGACGCCGUCCGCCUCGACGCCGAGGGCUUGAAAGGCCUCACUGAAAAGGAAUUCAUUGGCCUGUACACCCGCGAAAUCCAGGCCUCGGCCAAUAUUCGGGGAGCCUUGCCCCUGAGCGAGGACGAAAAACUCCGACUCCAAACGCUGUACGACGUCGUCGGCGUCAGACAUUUGGCGAAAUGGCAAGCAAUUUGCAAGGAAGCGUUGACGAGGAUUGCGGAGCAGACACAACAGCGACAGCUGCUCCGGCAGCAGGAGCUGGCGCCUCCAGAGCGUCUGAGCUGGUGGCAAUGGGCAACGCAGAGCCGCAGGAAGCGCGAGGCAGACGAGGCGUCGGGACCUGCAGGGCCGGACAGAGGGGAUUCGGACGCGGAAGACCAGCCUCUUUUGACGGAGGAAGAAGUGAACUACAUCGUCAACUCGGUGCAAAGCGACGCGAUCAUGGAGAACAUGGCGGUUCCGACGAUCUACAAGUUGAGUUUCGACCUGGUGCACUUUGGAAUUUCGUUGAGAGACGACCUGCCACCGGACGAGUCGUCUCCAAGUCCGGGACCUGUCGCCUCGUUCUUCUCUUCUCCCCUGGCGCUUCAGAAGCGCGCCGCUGCCGCUGCGGGUGCCGGAGGGCCUGGAGAGGCUGGAGACGCCGAUGGCUUGUUGUCUGCUUCUUUGCUCGCCGCUUCGUCGCUGCCAGUCUCUUUUUCGUCGCCGAGCGCCUUCCUGGCGAUUGAGUUAUUCAACUGGAGUGCGUCGCUGAAUCUGCAGAACAAGCAAGACGCGUCUGGGGCGGAGAACACACAGUGGAGCUUCUCCUUCUCUCUCUCCAACUUUUGCGUCCGCCACCGAGAACAAAUCAUCAUGCACUUCCGGAAAGACAUCCGCGCCGACGGGGAACAUGUGCGUGACGGGGGGUCCUCGGGCGUCCAUUCACCUGGACCUCGGAUGUCUCCGGAGGCUCCGGAACAGCUGACAGAGCAGCUCGCCGAGCAGCUCGCUGCGCCGUCCUCUUCUCCUCCUCCCGCUGCGUUGCCUCCAUCGGCUGGGUCUCCAUCGUCUACCUGUUCGGACGCUGACGCGGCUGGGUCUGGAGACUCGCCGUCCCCGGCUGCGUCGACCCUGCAGCAGGCAGCGGCGCGUCUGGAGUUGUCGCAUGACGUGACGGAUGCGGGGAACAUUCUCGGAGUGGUGAUGCGGUUGGCGCCGCUGGUGGCCGCGUUCCGUCCGGAUUUGUUGAAGAAUUUGCUGGCGUUUUUCGUCUUCGAGGAGCCAGAAGACGUUCGCAGACACCGGGAGCGCGAACAGCAGUCUCAGAGAACGAGGGAUGCUCUGGCGGCCUUUCCACCUUCUCUCCCUGCACAGCCGGGGCCUUCCGAGUUGCCAGCAAGGUCUGCAGGAGACGCGCGAAAGAUCGUGGAGAAGCUGGAGGCGGCGGACGGCUUGGGGUCGGACGACGAGGCGGGGGUGACGAGGGGAGCGAAGCUCGAGCAAGUCGAGGAGAUGAAGAAGACCGAGUUCGUCGAGCAUCUGAAGGCGCGGGGAGGGACCGUCUACUCCGCAGCGGUUCAGAGGUUCCCCGCGCUGCUGCAGAUCGACAUUUUCAUCGCCGCGCCGAUUCUCCACUUCUCGACCGAAGGCCGCGGCCAAGUCGCCUUGCAGUUCGGCACGCUGCUUUUGCGGACCGACGGGACAUGCCCCUAUGACGACUUGCGGGGCAUCGUGGAGUUGAACGAGACGCGCCUCAUCUGCCAGCCGCCGAACCAGGAGGAGAUCUCGCUGCUGCGUCCGAUCCCCAUUCGCGUCCACCUGGAGUUGCAGAGACAGGAAGACCUGCAGAUCAGUUUUCUGCUGGAAGAGAUCUUCCUAGAAAUCACUCCGGAGGCCCUCGCCGUUCUCCUCGCCGUUCCGGCUUCCGUCGCGCAGUCCCUGAUCGAGGUGAAGAAAAGGCGCGCGGGCGCCGACGAAGGUCCGGAGGCCACAGGGCCGCCGCGGCCAGGGCGCCUCGGAGACGGUGAAGACACGGCGCGAAAGAUGGCGAAGACUGGGGCAGACAGAGGCAGCCCAGACAGAGGCGCGGAAGCUGACGGAGCCUCGCGCACAGAGAAGAGUCUCGCCCAGCCAGGUGUGCUGCUCUCGGCGGCGACGGUGUCCGCUGCGAAGGAGAUCGAGGCCGCGUCAGGCGCGGGAGAAGCCGCGGAGACAGGGACAUCGGACGAAGACGCAGAGACGGGGCCAGGACGACGCGCGGCGCCCAAGAAACGCCUGAACAUCAGCUGCUCGUGCUGCAUCGACCACUGCGGAUUCGUCAUCCGCACUGCGAGUGCAGCCUCCAGAGCGUUCCAGACUGCGCGAAGGAAGUCGACGCUUUCCGGUCUGGCGCCUGCGGAACCACCGAGUCGAAGCAGCGACGGUGGAGUUCCGGUCCUCCGAGCGGAGUUCUGUUCGAUGGCCGUCCAACUCCAGGCAGACGUCUUCGAGGGAAAAUACGCCGGGUGGGCAGAGCUGCAGCGCGUCUUCGUUUGCGACCCUUCCACUGCUUCGCCGCUCUUCCUCACCCUCCACGAAACAGAAAUGCAGCUCACCGACACACAGCUUUACGAGACCAUGGCGACAUCCGUUCAGGUGAUCCCAGGCGCGUCUGGUGCAGGCGCAGUGCCGCCGCCUGUGCUGUCGCCCACGGGUGCGAGUCGAGCGCGUCCCCCGUUGUCUCCGUCUGCCGGUUCCGUUUCCCUGUCUCCUGAGGCCCCGAAGGAAGCGCCCAGCGAGGGGGACGACGACUCUGAGUUUCAGGACGCCAUUGAGGAGCGGGAGAAAUCGGUUCGUGUGGAUCUGACGGCGGUCUUUCCUAAGCGGAAGGCAGGCGUCUCGACCCACCCCACUACGUCGUACCCUCUUCAUCACGCGACGUCGGGUGCGUUGCCGGCGCCGGGACCCCAAGGCGAGCCGGAAGUCUCCGUGGCAGUCUCCACGGCGACUGUGGAGGUGCACUGGCAGCAAGAGAGCAUCAAGCAGAUUCUUGAAACGUUGCGCGAGUACAAGCGCCUCAUUCAGAACAAGCUGGAAGUACACCUGGAGGAACUGCGGGAGACAGCGAAGCGCGGAGACUACACAUUCCUUUCCAGGGAGGCCGUCGCCGCGAUGCAGGAGACGCUCCACAACGUCCAACAGUCCCUCGCCUACAUCGAUGUGCAACAGCACCUGAACGUGGAGCGGCCUGCAAGUCCCGCUGGGGCGUCUGCGAAUCCGCGCGGACCUGCAAGCGCCGCGGGCAAGGCCGAGGCGGGCGUGGAGCCCCAGAGCCGCGGCGCCCAGACCCAAAAAGACGCCGGCCGAGGCGACCCACGCGCAGAAGCCUGGAUGGCCUCGGGCCUCUCCUACGGCGGAGACAUGCCGCCGCUCGCGGCCGAACGGGAAGUCGAGGCUGCAGGUGAGUCAGCCAAGGACGCAACUCAGACCCGAGGCCUCCUCCGCCCUGUGGUGACUCUCGACUUGAAGGUGAAAGGCGCCGCCAUCGCAUUCUGGAAAGAAAGGCACAUCUUUUCGCGAAUGGGUAUACGCGACUUUGAGAUGCAGUACCGCGUGCUUGCGAACGGAGAUGGCACUGUGGACCUGAAAGUCGGAGGAGGCGCCAUCAUCAUGGAGGAACGAUGCAUCCUUGCGCCCAGGGGCCAGGGCAGCGAGUCGGAUCCCCGCGGCUCUCAAGAGUCCCUGGAGAAGAGCGGCGCAACCAGGAAUCGAAAACCGGGAGACCCAGGAGUCUCCCAGCAGUCCACGUCCCUCUUUAGCGCCCGCAUUCGCCACUACGCUGGCGUUGACCCUGUGACGAAAGCCCCCCUUCCGUAUUCUGUUUGCAUGCAAGGCGUCUUACAUCAGGUCUGCUACGUCUACUUUCAGAAGGACGUGACGAAGUUGUUGGAGUACUUGAACGAUGGAAUUUUCAACGUUUUUAUCACCAAGUCGUAUCACGCGAUGAAGCAGGCGGCGACGCGCUCGUACUUUUUGUUUGCAGUGGAAAUUGCUUGUCCUGUCUUCAUCCUUUGUGAAGACAAAGAAAUCAUUCCAGGCUACGUUCCGCAUGCGCCCGCGAAAAAAAGGGACGCCGGCAGAAGCCCCUACGGGUCUCCUCCCGCCUCUGCUCGUACCCUCGCCGUCACGCCUUCUCCCUCUUUGUCGCGCACCACUUCCUCCUCUUCCGCUUCCUCUUCCGCUUCCUCUUCUUCCUCUUCGUCCUCUGCUACCUCCUCUGCUGCGUCUUCUUCUCCGCCUUCUUCUUUUUCUUCCGCUGGACAGAUGGCGUCUUCUGCUUCUUCGUCUUCAGCCUUGGCGUAUGCGGCGUCUCACUGCGCCGUGGACUUGACGGGCAGAGGCAGCUACAUCACCCUCGACUUGGGUCACUUGCGAGUUCGGAAUGCAUACACCUGGGACGACGCCAUGCCUGCAGACGGCGACUCUGGAGGCUGCAGAUCCGCGGCGAGACCCGGCAGCGAGGACGAGAAGACUUGCCGUUCUCCGGAGGCGCGGAGACGCUCUGCAUCCAAGUCGCGAGCGCCAUUCCCGGUGGCUGAGCGCGGCGACGACGAAGAUCUCUCCCCUUCUUCUUGCCGUGUCUUCACUCUCAGUGUCGACCUGUUCGGCCUCACCAUCGGGGCCGUUGACAACUCUUCCAACUUCUCGCCUUCCGCUUCUUCCACAGCGUCGACGGUUUCGUCCCGUGCGGGCCAGCCUGCGUUCAGGAUCAACCGCAUGGCCUCCUCUGGCCGCCACUCCUGCCAUGCUUCUCGGGAGGUAGGAGGGUGUUUGCUGGAAAACGUCGACGCGGCGGUCUCGUUUCGAUCCUCUCGCGGCUUAGUGGACGUCGAACUCGACACAACGCCUUGGCGUCUGCGGCUGUCGCGCCAACAACUCACCUUUGUCCUCGACGUCGUCAACGAAAACCUCGCCGGCAAGGGCUACCGGCCUGCGCCUGUGGUCCUCACCACCGCCGGCUUCCCCACAAGGUCCGAAGGGGGAGGAGGACCUUCGGAGGCCGGCGGCGACUUGCGCCGGGAGCCUCACAGUGGGCUGGGGAGACGCGAAGGCGACGCGCAGCGCGCCGAACAGGUCCGCCAGGCUCUGGAGGACUCCACCGCCCGUGUGAGGCUGCGUAUGACAGUCCCCCAGCUGCUCCUAGAGGCGUCGUUCGGACCGGAGGCACCCCUCGCGCUCUUUUCGCUGAAGCGGGUGGUUGUCGGUGCCGAGGUGUCUCUCUUCUCGCUCUAUUUCACCUACCGCGUUGUCCUCUGUGCGCAGUCCUUCGCGAUCGACGACAUUCGAACGAACAGCGCAAACUUCUACAAGCGCCUCGCCGAGUGUGCGGGCGCCUCCUGGCGACAAGGAGACGGCCCGGCGCCAAACGAGACACUCCGGCCUGCGAACAUCACCCGCGAAGCGGCAGCCAGCUUUGGAGACCAGCACCGCCUGCCCUCUGGGAAGCUGUCGAGUGUGGGGUCCAGCGGCGCGCUGUUUGUCGCGGGGCCUCGGCCCCAGACCUCGACUUCCUUUGAGGGCGAGGCGUCAGACAGCGACAGCCUGGAAGCCCUGCGUCCCGCAAUCAAGAUUGAGUUCGCUUCCUCGCUCGAAGAAGGCGGCAUGCACAUUGCAAUUUACAACGCGACAAUUUACUUGCUCAUGGUGCAGCUUAUGGACUUUAUUUCUUACUUCACAUCUUCCUGGGCAUUCAGCACCAUGCGCUGCUAUCCGAAACCUGCGCCGCCGGUCCUCCACAGGAGUGCCCCCGAGUUCGGUCCCGCUGGCGCAGACAGAGGAGACGCGCCGGACGCGUGGAGCCUGGGUGACGACCGCGCGCGGCCCCUUGGCCUCGGACGCUGUCUGGCGUCUCCGCUGGUGGGCCCAAGUGUGGGGCGUGAGCGGGGCGAAGAGGCGCAGGAAGCUUCUCCGGAGGAGCCAGGGGACGAGGUCGAACCUGCCUUGGCGUCGUAUGAAACUGCGGACUCGGUCGCCUUGGGACGCUUCUCGACGGUCGCAGACGAAGAGCUCCCUCACCGAUUCGCUUCGUGUGUGCCUCCGGAGGAGGAGCUCGAGGGCGGGGUAGAGACCCGAAGGCCUUCAGAGAGUCCAGAGGCUCGGCACCCAUCUCAGGCUCCAGUUCUGCUGCCCGCGAGUGCCGUGCUUCCCGAGAUGGGUCCACGAGACAAGCCGUUCGGCAUCACUGUCACCGUGUCCAGUGGGCGCUUCAUUCUCUACACAGAUUUGAAGAAGCCGACGGCGCCGAUUCUGCAGUGGACGAACGACUUUUACGUGAACAUGGUCAGCGGUGCAGACAGUCUCCAAAUGAAGAACAUCGACAUUUUGGAUUGUCGGAUCGCACGCCUGGACGUCCUGCCGCCGCCCCUCCUGCCUGCGUUGUCGGGUCGCCAACGCGAGCGAACGGGGAUACGGUCAGACUCUGUUGCGUCGUCGCGCGGGGACCCCGAGACCCGGUCGCGGUGGUCGUCCACGUCGCUCUCGGGGUACGAUCAGGACGGUGAGGAGACGACUCGCGGGGCGUCUCUGGGCCGCGGCCUGCGUCUCGCCUCUCUCUCUGAGUCUCUCCCGAAGGCGCACCUCGUCCCGGCGGUCGACGAGGCCUCCGCGGUUCUCCUCUGUGAAGCCUUUAGAGUCCAGGGCCAUGGGUCCUAUCGCUCCGUCGACGCGAAAGAAGAGUAUCGCAAGCAGCGGGCAGAGGCUCUGGUGCUGGAGAAAAACGCGCGGAGCCUCGCGAGCGGAGAUGGCGACGGCGUGAAGGAGGGCCUCUCGGCUGGGGUGCACGCAUCGCGGGGCGCCGGGGACGCCUAUCGGAGCUCGGUCUUGGCCGCCAGGCAGCUGCAGAGGGCCUUGAAGCAGCGAACCGCGGGGAAGGGUCCAUCCUUCGCCUCCACGCUCGUCCCCGAACAACUCAAGGAGGUCGUCGCGGGGCGCAGCCCCUCGCGGCCCGCAGCGGAGUCUACGGAGCAGACACCCGACGGCGAGAAGAAGACAAGAAAAGAGUCGGCAGGUGGAAACGAUGAGGGAAAGAGAGGCGACACUCCACGCGAGGACGAAGGUGAAGUGCAGUCGAAGGCCGAAGAAGAAAAAGUCCUUCUAAGCGAUCUGGUUCUCCUCUUUGAUAUCCCCGUGUUCUUUCUUCGUGUCUCGAGUCGGGACAUGGCCUUGCUUCUGGCGGCCGCGACCACGAUCUACGCAGACACUCCGUCGGUGAAUCCUGACGAUCCGUCGCCGCCGGUCAGGCCUCCGCCUCCAGAUCCGCGCCUGCUGGCCUCUGCGCAGAGGGCCUUGGGGGGCGCAGGCACAGUGGGCGCGAAGACCGAGCCUGACGCGGCCAGCGGGGGGUCUGGGACCGUGGCGUCGGGCGCCGGGGACGUCUCGGUGAGUCGGGCCUUGAAGGUGGACGUGAAGCUUCAUGGAGUGCACUUGCUUCUGCUCGACGACCUGCGGGCAUCUGUCGUGCCGCUAGUGCGCAUGCGACUCUCCGUCGCAAGCAUCUUGGUCGAGAAGAACUCGCAGCAGUUCCUCCUGCGUCUGAAGGAUCUCCACUGCGGCUUCGACUACCUGAACCACCGGAUGGGGUCCUGGGAGCCGUUCGUCGAACGCUUUUGCAUUACGGCCAUCUACCGCUUCGACUAUGAAGAAGCCGAGCGAACGCGCCUGCAGCAGCAGCUCCAAAGCAGGCCCACACCCCCGUCCUCGGUCCUCUCGCCGACGCUGAGCUCGUCGCCGACCCCGCUGGCUGUCCCCGCGGCGCAGACCCCAACGGGAGCAGGGGACAAGGCCCGGGGCGAGGCUGCAGGGUCCGCGGGGCCCGCGACGGGCAUCGAAGACCCCUGGCGGUCGUUCAAAGCCGUCAAGACCUACCUCGUGACUUCCACGUCGCCGCUGUGGGCGAACGUGACGCCAGAGCUCUGCAAAUUGCUCGCCUGGUUCGUGCCAUACCUUGCAGCUCACCUCGGAGACCUGGGGAAGGCGACGGAGCGCGGGGGCAGCGCAGACGAGUGUUGCCGCAGCGUGGAGGAAGACCGGGAAGAAGAAGGAAGCAUUCGCGGCGAGGACGCGUCGCGCCCCAGACGCCAGUCCGGGAGGCUCGAGGCCCGCGACCGGAGCCUCUUCGCCACGGGCCUCGCGCCAGACUCGAAGGACGCGCGGGCGUCAGACGAAGCCCCACGGCGGCCCUUGGGGCGCCUGGAAUCGAAGGUGGCAGACGCAGACAGAGAGGAGGACCGCAGCGGGGUGUGGGGGCGGCGCAGCGAAGGCGGAACUCGCGAGCGGCGAACCGAGGAUGACGCGAGGUCGAACGCGGCGUUCAGGUACGUAAAUUUAAGUGGAAAUUGUCUGUACGCCUUCACGCUGAUUGAGACGAAAGGGCGCUCCACUGCGGAUCAGGCUCAGUCUGUCGUAGGGCCCUCGAUUCUGCGGCUGGCCUCGCGGCAACGGACCGGCCUACCCCCGUCAAGGCUCGCGUCGCGGACGCAGGAGAUGCUCCUGGACCGGCAGGGGACCACCGAGGCACCCAUGCAUGCAUCAACAGGUAUCGGAACGAAACCUCAGCAGACGGUGGGAGUCCUCGUCCUCCUGCAGCCGACAGGCACUGCAACUCCCCUGGACGACUUGACUCAGGGCUUGACGGAGGAGGCCUCGCGGCGAGCCCGGCGCCGGCAGCGGGUCUACCUGGCCCGCUGCCCGCCUGUGGGUGCCGUCGCCCGGCUCUGCGAGAUGUUUCCGGACGUCCCGCGAGCGGCGAUUCUUCGAAAUCUGAACGUGACUCAAGACGUUGCAGCCACCGCCAACGCGUUUCUGCUGCGGAGCCAGGUGCGGUCUGGAGAGGAGGCCUCGAGUGCUUCGGGCGCGCGCGGCGGGCCGGUUCGGGCCCCGGACGACGAGGACUCGGGCCUGCGGCCGAAACUGGCCUGGGACAUCUCCCCCGCAGAGAUUGGACCCUUCCCGCGGGGCAUGCUCGCCGUGGCGGUCGACAUCAUGAGAAACUGCUGCGUCACUCUCCUCCCGCCUUUCUCGUACGCAGGCCACUCCCCACAGACGGGCGCCCAGAGCGCCCUCCUGGACAUCCCGGAGUACACCGACCUGGCGGGGACUGCGGGGAGUUCCUGGGCCUCGCUGCCCUCGAGCGGGGCCGCUGGCGCCCGAGGCAAGGGCGGGAAGGCUGGGGCGCGGAAGGGCUCGGAGACGGUUGGGCCGUGGGCAGACUCGGACGACGCGAGCAGCUUGAAGUCCUCGGCCUCUUUCGCGCCCCACACCUUUGCAAGUCGCCAGUUCCAAAUGCUGAAGCACAGCAUGUCUUCCGCGUCUCUCAAGGCGCUGAGCAGUGGCGACAAGAGGCCUGGGAAGUCGGGCUCGGGGGACGCUGGGGCCAACAGUUUCGAAGCCGGGGCCCGGGGUCUCCGGCCUACAGCCUUCUCGCCCGAAAGGCCCGACUCCAGAAGGGACAGCGACGAGCGCGAGGCGACAGCUGCUCUGCAUGCACAAGCCGGUCCGCGCUCGAGUGCGCGGGCCUCGACUCACGCCCCGGCCUCAUCCAAGACGCUCGGCGGGCUCCGUCGCUUGGGCUCCACGACCGCCGCGGGUCCCGACGGGCCCGGAAGCCCCUUGGCGAGCGCUGCGAGUGUCCCCUCGGCGCCCGAUCUCUGUGCGUCAGGGGGGCGACUCUCGGGGCUCUCUGGGGCACUCGGACAGCGGACGACGGUGGGUCAAGCGUCCUCGAUUCGCGACAGCGUCCAGAGAUCCGACGGAUCCUUUUCUGCUCUCUCCCCGGCGCUGCGAGACAGAGAGAAGAGCCUCAUCCUGGCUCCAGGGCCCUCCGGCUACCGGGAUUUCGUGGACGCCGCUGCGGCCGCAGACGACAGCACGUUUGCGUCUUUUUCGGAGCUUCCGGGGCUUGUCUCUUCAGCGUCUCUGGCGUCAGCGUUUGGCAAGGCAACGCUUGGAAGUGAGGUACUUUCUGGGCCUCGCGGAGCCUCUGUCGCGGGCGCGCCGGACUCUUCUCUCCUGUUUUUCGGCGAGGAGGUCCUCCCGUUUCUCCCCUCGCCGGCAGCGAAGAACGAGCUGGUCUGCGAGGUGCUGAGCCCCCAUCCGUCCUACAAGUUGCUGAUGGUCACCUCGACGGUCAAGGUGUUCAACUACAGCGGCCUGCCCCUCCAGAUUUGUUUCCUGGAUAGCCAGUUGAAUCCCUUGCUCCUACCUUGUGCCGAGGCGCGGAAGGCGCGGACCGAGACGAUCUACGGCGCCUCGUGUGCGGCGCCGGAAGGCGGCAGCGCCUCGUCGCUCUCUCCGCGUCAAACGUCCUUUCAUCAGAUCUCCUGCUCUCACCCCGAGCUGCGGGUGGUCCCGCCGUGGCUUCAGGAGAAGGAGACGUGGAUAGAGAAGCAAAUGGCCCGCGACGUCCAAGCUCAAAUCGAGAAUGUCUUUCUCCUCGACGCAGACGCGACGCUGGCGGCCGCAUCACCUGCGCCCGCCUUUCACUCUUCGACGGAUACUUGCAGUCGAGGCAGAGACGAAGAUGCGGUCGCGAGUCGAGGCAGAGACGAAGAUGCGGUUGCGAGUCGAGGCAGCGCCGACAGAAAGGCGGAAACAUGCGCUGAAAGAGGCGCGGAGCAGGGCGACGACCCGAGAGAGACCAGAGAUUUGCAUCGCGCGACUUACGCGUACACGUUUCUCCUCGAAGACAAGCAUUUCAUGUCGGUCCCGCAGCCUGCAAUUCUCGGCGCCGGCUGGUGCUACCUUUGUUUCCGUCCGGCGGCCUUCGCACAAAAGGGUGAAGAAGACUCGAAUCCACGAAGAGAACAGGACGGAGGCCUCGGCACAAAAAACGAAAGUGCGGCGGUCUUUCCCUCUCCUCCGGACAUGAGCAGCUUCGCCGGCUGGACGGACUUGGUAGACACUCGACAGCGCAUGGAAGGCCUCAGGUGCCGCCAGAGCGCGUACGUACCCCCCGCGAUGAGGCCCGGCGCAGGGAGCCGAGUCGGGAAGGUUGGCUCUGCGCGUCCCUCUGCCUCCGACCGGCGAGACGCCCCACCGGUGUCGGGGAGAAGCCCCCGCGGCGCGGACGACGUAUUGAUAAACGCCGAACACAACAUGUACUUUUUAGUGAACAUCGAGGGCAGGAAGAGCGGGUUGCCCGCCGAAAAAGACAUCCGAGAGAUCAGCAUCUUUCCGGCUCUGACGCUGAUCAACGCAGCUCCCGUCGACCUUGACGUGAACCUUGUGCCGUCGUCCGUGGACCUGAAGCUGAAGCACCUCCUCGCCUCUUCCCUGUCGGGUGUGGAGAAGCUCCAGCAAAUGCAGGCCUGUCCUGUCCUUCGCGCGACCCUGCUCAAACAGAGCACCUUCUACGCGUACGACGUCCCCCCCAACCGACAACUGAAGAUGAAACUCAAAUUCGCCAAACUCGAAAGCGCAGGCUGGUCCUCAACCAUCAGCGACCUCAUGAACACCGCGGACGAAGUAGUCAGUCGCCUUCUUCUCCCGGCAAAACAUUUUGCCCCCGUGGAACUGGAGGUGCUGCGCGACAGUUCAGAGGUGGCGAGCUCCCUUUCCUUUGUAAAGGAGAAGCAACUUUCUGUCGUGAUUUCCGCUCCUCGAUGCUUCAUCGAUCGCACCGGCCUCGGCUUCUUGCCAGUGAAGGAUGGCCUCCAGUACCCCGUUUUCGACAACCAAAUUAUUCUUCUGGGAGACUCCACGCUCCCGGAAGUCAAUCUGCUUCUUCCCUACACGGCUGCGAGUGCGUCGAGCGCCUCGCAGAGUCGCGCCUCUCGCGGACAUGCUUCCUACGUCCAGUGCUCCAUCGAUGUCCCGGCUCUUGGAGGCUUCAGCCACACAACUGCCGUCACGCAAGAUCGUUGCUUCUCCCUCUGCAUGAACACAGAGAAAAUCGAUCCGGCAGAAACCGGGGGUGUCCUGAGUCGGGUCGUCUCGCUUCUGCCGGAGUACAUAAUCUCAAACUUCUUGCACAACACAAUCUACUAUCGACAGUACGGAACUCAGGGCUCUGCGAUAGAAGUCAAGCCGAACUCGAGCUACCCCGUCUACUGGAGCAGCGCCGACUUGCCUUUCGCUUUCCAGUUUCGGCCCGGGACCACUGAGGGCUAUGCGUGGUCAGGUCCGAUCAUCGCUUCUGAAGAAUUCGCCGGACAGAACUGGUUGGUGCUCUACAACGGCAUCAGCAAUUCGACGCCAGGUGUCUUUGACGUCGAGGUAUGUCCCGACCACGGUGUCAAGAGCGUAUCUCUGCGUCACAGCGGCGAGGCCUCAGGAGGCUAUGUGGUGAUCAACAAGUGCAAAGCUUUGCAGAAAGUCAUGGUUCACACGUACCACUACGAGAUGGCAGUGUCGAACUCGAGUUCGGGGAGCCUGCGGCCAGGCAGCGAAAGCGACGGUGCACCGAAAGUUCCAGACUUCGAUUUCCACUUCUUCGCGCACUACGGCGAAAGUAUCCACUUUGGAUGGCCGUUCCCGUUCACGUAUCCUUCGCGACCGUGCCAAGUGCUGCUGUGGAUCGACAGCCGCACAGUGGCGCCGAAGAAGCCAAUCGCGCUGGACCUUCGCGUCCCGCAACACAAGCGGUAUGAGGUCAGUCUGGGUCUGAGAAACAUGCCCAGAAUCAUCGUGAGGACCGAGAAACGCGGCGACUGCGUUGUGAUCGAAGUUCGCUCGAAGCCCGGCACAGGCGACCUUGCGUCUCCUGACGACGUUGCGGACUCCAGCGGCGAGGACUUGACGAGCAUGCACUUGGCAAUUAACAUGGCAGAGCUAGGCAUCUCCCUCAUUUCGGAGAGCCUGCGCCAGGAACUCUGCUUUGCGGAACUGUCUCAGGUCGCUCUAGGCUUUCAGCAGAAAGGCGAGCGACAAAAGCUCCUCAUUCGCUUGGCCGACAUCCAAAUCGACAACCAACUCGCAAACGCACAGAAACCAGUGCUCCUCGCCAACCGCGGCGGCGCCGGCAACAGUCAAGAAGACGUCUGGGGUGCUGACCGCUAUGCCUCCAAGAGCUUCUUGACCAUCUUCGUCGUUCGCCAUCACGCGCUAAGUCGGGACUUGGCGUUGAGGCGCGUCCACAUUGAGAUCGACACUUUGGAAGUCGAAAUCGAUGCCGACAUGCUCAACGGCUUAAACGACUUCUUCCACGCGUGCAUCGACUCGCUGGGUUUGCGAGGCAAGCGAGGAAUUCGCGGAGUCGCUGCGAAGGGCGCAGGCCAAGGGGCAGACACCGCCGAGGGUGGGCGUCUGACGCGCGCGGGCGUGACAGGAAGAGAGCUUCAGUUCUGGGUGGAGCAUCCCCUGCAAGACGGCUAUGUGCCUCCGCCUUUGCCAACGGUGCUGUCUCUGGAGAGUCUCGUCAUCGAGAGAUUCGACAUCUUCUGCUGGUGCUCCUUCGUUCUUGACAAAAUGCACAUGCUGUCGGAUCUGUUGAAAGUCGGUCUCCGCAUUCUCAUGGCCUCGGGGCGCCUCGAGCUCAUGGGUGCCCGACUGCAGUUUCAGCGUGGAGAGUUUCGGGCGAUUCGGGGGAGUGCUCGCACGUUCCUGGCGUGUCUCCAAGACCGAUACACUCACCUGCUGUUGAGUUCGAUCUUCUCCUCGCUGGGGCAGUCUUCGCUGCUGAAUCUGCCGCGGAUGCCCUACGAGUUCGGCAAGAACACCAUCGGAUUGGCGGCGAACGCCGUGGACAGCGUGAGCGCCGGCCUGGGCUCGCUGCUCUCGACGCUGACCUUCGACUCAGAGUACAUCAACCGGCGACAGCGGGAGCGCGUGCGAAGCACGAGCAGCAUGCGAGACGGCUUCUUGAACGCGGGGAAGAACAUUGGAGAAGGCGUCUGGUCCCUCACCAACAUCGUCACAAAGCCGAUCGAAGGCGCCCAACGCGAGGGAGUAGGCGGAUUCUUCAAGGGCAUCGGCAAAGGCCUCGCGGGCUCCCUAGUCAAGCCCCUCGACAAAGUCGGCCAGGCCGUCUCGGACAUGACUCGCGGCAUCAAAGCCGAAGUCUCGAAGCCUCUCGGAGGAAGCAAAUGCCGCACCGAACGCAGGCGAAAACCGAGAAUGCUCUGGGGCGAAUACGGCGAAAUCAGGCCCUACGACGAGCGAGAAGCGUGUCUCCGAGAGUGUCUAGGCCACCAAGUGAUUCGACGCCUGCUCAAGUGCAUCACAGUUCUGCGACAAGAGACUCUUCCCGCUCGCCACCUCGCGCUUCUGUUUUAUCCGAAAGAUGUCUUCUUCGUCGACUUGUACGGCAACCGCGGCGUGCAGCCCUCCUCGAGUUCGAGCUCCGGCGCAGGGACCGACGACUCUGAGGAGCCGGGGAAGAACGCGCGAGCGUACAUCGUUUGGCACAUCAGCAUUCCGUUCAUCAAGGAAGUGAGGGCAAGCACCCAUGGCAUCAUUAUUCGCACUUGUAUCCCCGGAGCCCCACUGCCGGGCGGAAGUGACUACGCAAGAGGUCCCCGGCUUCCCGUGGGGCCAGAAGCUGCGAAUGCCGUCUCCGGCACGAUGUCCGUGAAAGGGAGCAUGUCGUCGCUCUCGGUGGCGGGGGAGGAAGGCCGAGGGAGCAACACUGGAAAGGCCAAAGAUAGGGGCGACAGAGACGCCUGUGGCACCUGGAGGAGAGGCGAAAAGUUUUACCAAGUCCCAUGUCAAACUGCGGCUCUCACUCGACAAAUCUACCAAGAGUUGUUGGAGGCGCAGAGCAGCACCAGUGCCGUGGUCGAGUUAGGCAGUUGGCGAACGCUGCAGUAUGCCAAAUACCAAGACGAAGAUUAAGGGAAACGAGACGCAGCAAGUUGACAGUGUCGGGCGGGGCGGUGCAACCAGCAACAGACAAGUGCUCCGGUCUCAGAGAGUCGGGCUUCCAGUAUGAACACAGGGUCACAGACAAAGGGCAGAGAAAGAAAGGGUCCACGCAGAAAUGGGCAUGAAAAACAGAGGCGAGAGACUAGGGAGACAUGCAAAGAGGAGAAAAAGAAGACAUUCAGGAGAGUCGUGGCACAGCCGGAUGGCGUGUUUGAGAGCGGUUUCGACUGGGUGGGUCCCGAAGUGUUUUUCGGUGUGAAGAAGCUUAAGAAAGUGGAAGAGAACAACCCCUUUUUAGCGAAGGCUGGAACGCAAGAAUUGGAGGAUGCUGCGGUCGGAGUGUCGCCCUCUAGAGCUGGUGGAAAAAGGCUUUGGCAACUUCCAAAAAAAACAUAAAGAUAAGUGGAAGCGAACAAGGGACGCGUAGAGUCGGAAGCAAGUGCAGUCGACAAAGGGGGCGAAUCUUAGAUGGAACAUAACGCGAAACGAGCGAGAUGAGGGGGAAGAUUCUGAAAAAGGAGGGACAGGAGUGGAUACCAGCGCGCGGGUCGCUGGUGGGUUCUAAAAUAAAAGUUUCCGUAGCUUUUUAACUACCAUACUGUGGAGACGGGAGAACGGGGAAUCCUAGUAGGGCAGUAACCGUUCUCAAGUGUACAUGAUUCUAUAUGCUUGUUGUAAUACCGAAAAGAGCAGUAGAGAUUCCGCAGACGUUUGCGUAUUUCUGGAUCGAGUUUUUCGUUUGCACAAACGUGUCUAUCUUUCCUGGGUUCGUGGAGCCGCUACGUGGAAGUUGUGACCGUGAUCAACUCCCCUUUUUCGGUGUUGUGGUUUCGAGGCCCACUCGCUCGUGGUCUCUUGGAAGUCUCUUUUCAACGGCGUCACCUACAGUCGUGUUUUAAUCCACUCUUGAAAGACACUCAAACACAGCACGGCGACGGACAUGGCGCCACUGAAUGGGUGGUCCCUGAAGUCUAUCUCCAAGAUGCAGAUGUUGCUGACAGUUAACGCUGCCGACGUAGAUGUGCGGUGAAUCAGCGACUAGAAUCUGGAAUGUUUGCUGCCCUUGGCAUGUCGGAAAUGACGCUUCUGGUCAAAUGUUUGCGUGUUACGAGCGAGGGAGAUAUCAAUAAACUGAAGUGGAUAUACAUAUUGACACUUGAAAGCAAGCGUCUGGGCUGUGCCAGGGCAAGUGUCCAUUCGUAAAUAUAUGGGGACUGCGUGAUGCUAUGGAGGUUUAGCUCAAACAUUGGACGCCGUUGUUCUGUAGAGAAAGCCAAGAGGACAGGUGCACGAAACAAGAAGGACGAAAACGAGACUGGAUGGAACAAGCCAAAAGCCAGAAGUCAUUUUCAUCUGGGAAAUGCACUUCGACCUGGAGAGUCGGGAAAAGCUACACGGGGAGAAGCCGAUUGCUCUGGAAAGCACACUCUUUCAAACGCAUUUUUAGCGACGAUGGGGCAGGUAAAUGUUGGACUCGGUUUCACUGCACCCCCAGUUCCCGUGUUACUUCCUUGAGCUUUAAAAAAAAUUUCAUUUCGUUUGUUUUCAUCUUGAUCGUUUUCACGACUCGUCUUGUCUUUGUCACACUCAUCGGUUUGGUGUUCUGUCUUACCGUUGCCGUCUCGUCUGUAUUUCUGAUGGUUUUUGUGUUCUGUAUUAAGGUUGUCAUGCUUGUCCGGCCUUUCGCUCUCCCCUUGUAUUCUUUGACAAACACUACCAACUGCAAUCGAGGCUGUUUCUUCUCCGUUCGCCCGCCACUUGUGAAACGGUUUUGCUGGUGCACUCGGCAAAUCGUUUGGUGCUCUCGGAGUUGGCCUGGUCACUCCAUCCGGCGUGGAAGUCAGAGUGUGGAAUGCGAGUGACGCUAAAGAAAAGAAGUAGGCAAGGGAGCAGAGCAGGAACAAAGAGAAGACACUGGUGAGCUCGGCGACUGAGAUGAUGUAGGACGUGCGAGCGCAAGGCAAACACACAACGAGAAGAGAACAUACAGACAGCACGGGACGGAGUCCAUCAUCCAUCCAACAAAGCAUUCGUUUUCGUUCCAUUUGUUGCGAGAACCUUCAUUUUCUGUUUUAUUCGGUGGCAACAACGCGAAUGAGUGCAUAUCACUUCCGUUCAAACAGCUGGAGCUGCCCGAGGCGGCCGGAUGCCGCAUUGUUUAGCUACUUUCAGUCUUUUUUCAUUUUGAAACUAGUUCCGUUUUGCACCUGGAUACUGUGGCGGAGGUGCGAGUGACGGGAAUCCACCGACAACGUCUAGUCUUGGUCCGCAAAGAAUGCCAAGAAUUCCGUGAUUCUUUGGAGCCGUUGACACGUUGGGUACAGUUUUGCCCUGGCGGUCGACAGCAGGGUGAGGGGAAAAAGAGGAAAAGUCACUGGAGGCAAAACUCGAAUUUUUCCUCUGAUCAAGAGAGGACUCGGGUGGUGCAGGGCGCCAAAACGCUCGUUCCUGUUUCACACCAGAGGUUUCCUGGUUAUGUUCGUGAUUCUCUGAUGGGAGAACGGAAAGAAAAUCGCCGUAGGAUGACGGAGACGCAGGGGCGGGCUGUGGCUGCCAACAGGUAGAAGAGCGAGAAGAGCAUGACAAACGUGUCAUGUCUAGGGCGAGCUAAGCAUACUUAGACCCACCCCAAAGGAUAAAGAAUUAUCAUUCAACAUAUUCCGCACUUGUACCCCAAUAAACAGAUUACAGAUUUAUAGGGACCUGCACUGUGUGUGUGUGUGUGUAUGCACCUGCCUUCUAACAUUCAUGCAUGCUUUUUGGAAAGGGGUGGAAGUCACAUAUACAUCUGAAUACGCGUUCGACACCUGGGAAGCCCCAAAAGCGUGUUUCUCUUCGGUCACCACAGUGUGAAGCGGCUGGUAUAACCAGUUGGCAAUGGUGCUUAUGUAAAGUAGUGAGACCCUAUCUCUGACGAAACAGCAGUAAGUGAAGGGAAGGAUACGUCUUUGUGCAUUACCGCCACCACCUUCUGAACAAAGAUCGAUCAAAACGACUCACGAUUCCUCCAAUGCCGAAGUGAUUUUGUAAUGCAUUUGUACGGGCGAAAGGCGGAGUAUCCUGUUGGGGUGGCGGAUAGCGUAGGCACGCUGAAGUGGGCUGAAUCAAGUUGAUCGAUUUCCCGUCAGUCAGUUACGGAACAGAGAAGUCAGACAAAAGCUCCUCAUUCAGCAUGGCCGCGAGCCACUGUUUAUUCUUUGGUUCUGGAGUCUUUCUUCCGUAUUCAACAUUACACUUGUGUCAACCACCGUGCCAAGCACAGAAGACUUCGCGAUAUUCAGCCGAAGUCGAUGGACGCUGCCUCCGACAAUCCACCGAACCACAAGAACUAUGAAAGUCCAUUGGACCAACGCCCUUGUAUGGUCAGACUUUUCCAGUAUCAUCUCAGUGCAGUCUUUAUAACAGAUUUUGCUAGUUUCUGUUUGCCUCACUGUUUGUAUGUAACAAAAGAUGGUUCCAUUAUCUGUGUGUAUGUCCGAUUUCUUUAACCACACGUCAGUACUCGCCGUAUGUCCAUGUUGGCUCUCCGAGCGCCUACGUGCCUGUGCCUCUGGCUCUAUCACUGCCUGUCUUUAUUUUAAAUUAUUCAUAUGCCCGAGUGGAUAUUUCAUCACCUCUCUGUGGACCAGUACUCCGUUUGUCCAGAUGCAAAUCCACCUACUAUUGAUCUGUUACUCUCUCCACGAGCAUACCUAGGUACUCGUGUUGGCAGUAUCUCGUUAUACCCUGC